UUAUGGCGUCAAUGUUGCACUGGAAAGGUAUAGCAGUCUUCGUACUCUUGCUCACAGCAUUUCUUCUUAACGGCGCAGCGCCCUUGCAGUUGCGAGAGAAAUGGGCAAAUCAGAGCUCGACUUCCGAUAUUCAGAAUCACGGCCCACGCAAAGCUAUAGACGGCAACUUGACAACUUAUACACAUACUGCUCGCCGUCUAGCAGGUGCUGUAAUUAGUGCUGGAUUGAGUCCAAAUCAUAAUUCGAACAGAGAGAUAGGAGCAGUUACAGAUGAGCAAGCCACUCACGAAACGCCGAGCAUUGACUUCAGAGCCGACCCUGCAGUCACUGCCCGUUAUGUGAGAGUGGAUCUUCCUGGUACAAAUAAAAUACUUCACAUGCGUGAAGUCUACGUUGAAGAAUUCACAGAUGAAGAUGGAGUAGGUGGGGCAGUGGAUUUUACAAUCGUCACCAACCCCGCUCUACUUGGUGGCGCUGGAAACAACGAUGCAACCAUUGGAGCUUACAAAGGCCCUAGAGAUAUCACCGCUGCCGUGUUAUUCGGUCGGCAGUUGAUUACGGGAGGAGCCAACAAUGAACUGCCUUCACGUUCAAAAGAGCUGCAGAGCCAACAACUAGGAUGUCAACUCAGACAAAUCCAGCUACCCGAAGUCGAUGGGCUUGACAGAACAGGUGUCUUCUACUGCAAAGCCACUAAGCCCGGCAAGACGGCCACAAGGAUACAGACCAUAAUUUUACCCACAGAUG